UCAGGCGCAGGCCUCAUCGUCACCGAGCCGUCCGCCGUCAGCGAGGGCGCGAAUGGGUACUGCGACUCGCCUGGGCUCUACACGGCGGAGCAGAGCUCGGCAUGGGCCGCAGUCACCUCGAAGCUACAUGACGAAGGCUGCACGGUGGUGGCGCAGCUCUGGCACACGGGCAGAAUGUCACACUCCUCGUUCCACGGCGGAGCUACGACUGUGAGCGCGUCGGCACUGCCCAUCAUCACUUCGGGCAGCGUGCCGGCGUGCGGGGUAAUGGGAGCGGACGGCAACUGGAAGGACCACGAGACGCCUCGCGCUCUCACGACGGCCGAGGUGGGCGGCAUCGUCGAGGACUUUGGCCGCGCGGCGAACUUCGCCAAGACGGCCGGCUUUGACGGCGUCGAGAUCCACGCGGCGACAGGCUACCUCGUCGACACCUUCUUGCAGUCUUGCUCCAACCAGAGGACCGACAAAUACGGAGUCGGCGUCGACGGGCGCUUCAAAAUUUUGGAGGAGAUUGUGCGCUGCGUCUCGCGCGUGUACCCCACCUCGCGUAUCGGAGUCAAGCUCGCGCCCAACUCGGGGUUCAAUGGGAUGGGUUCGGAGGAUAACGCGAAAAACUUCUUACACUACGCCGCGCGCCUCUCUGAGCUAGGUGUGGGUUACCUCCACGCGACGUGGUUCGGCAAGGUGGACACGCAUGGUUUCCACGGGAAGUGCCCGCCAGUGACCCUCAAGCAACUCAAGGCGGUGUUUCGGGGCGGGAUCGUGGGGAACGGCGGCUACAGCGGAGAGACAGCCGCGGAGGCGGUCGCCGCCGGCGACGCGACCGCUAUCUCAUUCGGCCGGGCAUAUAUGGCGAACCCAGUGCUCAACGCCCCUCUGAGCUACAGCAGCCGAGCCGCCGCUCUGCUGACGCUGCUGCCGCUGCCUUACUUUAGGACCUGGCGUCGCUGA